GUUCACAUUAAAGUCCAAAACACGUGUUACUGUAAAAAAAAUGGCGAAGGGUGAGGUUACUGCCCAGAUGGGAACACAACAUAUUGCACUUGAUGCUAAAAUGCAAAAGGAAUUUGAAGAAAAAGUAAAGAAAAUUAAGCCAAAGGGAGACGAUAUUGAACCAGGAGUCAUAUAUGUUGGACACAUACCACAUGGAUUCUUUGAGCCACAGAUGCGACACUUCUUCUCUCAAUUUGGAACAGUUACAAGAUUACGAAUCAGUAGAUCAAGAAAGAGUGGACGUUCUAAGGGGUAUGGAUUUGUUGAAUUUGAGUACAACGAGGUCGCCAAAAUUGCCGCUGAAACUAUGAAUAAUUAUCUGACGUAUAAUAAACUAUUAAAAUGCCACCUUAUGCCAAAGGAGAAAGUGCAUCCGGAACUUUUCAAAGGCUGUGAACAUCGUUUCUUUAACCCCUCAGUUAAAAGAAAAAAAGCAAUUGCACAGUAUAACAGCAGCCUAACAGCAGAUGGGCACAGAGUACAUAAGCUGCUGGAAAAAAGAGCAAGACAAAGUAAAGCACGCCAAAAGAAGAUUGCUAAAGCUGGAAUCAACUAUGAAUUCGAUGGAUGUGUAAGUAUUUUUUUCCUUCAUUUCCUCAUCAGAUUGAAUUGUACGCUGAUUACUUUGCCAACAUUUUGUUUAUUCCGCUCAAUUAUUUUCAUAGGCCUGUUACCGCCAACAUUUUUUAUGUUGCCGACUGUUUAUUACUUCUCUGUUCCUAUGGCGUGCCCUUUAUCUUAGAAUUUAUCUCACCUU